CCACCGCCUCUCGCUCGGGCACGAUGGAGGACGGGGAGGGCUACAUGGCAUUCAACAUGCAGCCCAAGCAAUGCGGCUCGGGUGGCCCAUCCCUGGCUGGGAACCAAGGUUCCCGUCAGUGUCCUGGCUGGCUUCAGGUCGCUCUAGGGGUUGGGAAUCUCAUCCUGGCAGUGGCUGUGCUGUUGCUGGUGGUUUGUGUUUCCCACUUGGUGUCUGAGAAGGGACAGACCCCGGCAGCCCCUGAUUGCGAAGGAGCUGGGAGCAGAGAGAGACCGACACCCCCUGGGAGUGACGGAGCCGGGAGCAGAGAUACAGCGACACCCCCUGGGAGCGACGGAGCUGGGAGCAGAGAGAGACCGACACCCCCUGGGAGCGACGGAGCCGGGAUCAGAGAUACAGCGACACCCCCUGGGAGCGACGGAGCCGGGAGCAGAGAUACAGCGACACCCCCUGGGAACGACGGAGCCGGGAGCAGAGAUACAAAGACACCCCCUGGGAGCGACGGAGCCGGGAGCAGAGAUACAGCGACACCCCCUGGGAACGACGGAGCCGGGAGCAGAGAUACAAAGACACCCCCUGGGAGCGACGGAGCCGGGAGCAGAGAUACAGCGACACCCCCUGGGAGCGACAGAGCCGGGAGCAGAGAUACAGCGACACCGCCUGGGAACGACGGAGCCGGGAGCAGAGAUACAGCGACACCCCCUGGGAACGACGGAGCCGGGAGCAGAGAUACAGCGACACCCCCUGGGAGCGACGGAGCCGGGAGCAGAGAUACAGCGACACCCCCUGGGAAUGACGGAGCCGGGAGCAGAGAUACAGCGACACCCCCUGGGAGCGACGGAGCUGGGAGCAGAGAUACAGCGACACCCCCUGGGAGCGACGGAGCGGGGAGCAGAGAUACAGCGACACCCCCUGGGAGCGACGGAGCCGGGAGCAGAGAUACAGCGACAUCCCCUGGGAGCGACGGAGCCAGGAGCAGACACCCCAGCACAGCAGAAUGCAGCGCCCGCCUGGAGCGUUUCCAAUCCCAGCUGUGCCCCACGGCCCAGCCCGGCCCAGCAGGGGGCUCCAGGUGCAAACUCUGCCCCACGGACUGGCAGCUGCGCGGGGACAAGUGCUAUUGGGUCUCCAGAGGCCGUAAAACGUGGAGCGAGAGCCGCACUGAUUGCACAGCGAGGGGCUCCCAGCUGCUGGUGAUCCGGGACCCUGAGGAGCUGGAGUUCAUAAAGGACCUGACAAAACAUUCACAUUUGUUCUGGGUCGGACUGUCCGUCUCCUCCCCGGAGAAGGCCUGGACCUGGCUGGACGGUUCCCGGCUGGAUCAGACCCAGUUUCUGGUGUCAGAUCCGGUUGAGAACAGCUGUGGGGCGGUAUGGGGGAAAUGGAUUCAUUCUGAUGCCUGCAGCUCUGGACUUCACUGGAUUUGCCGGAGAGACGCCGUCCCGCUCUGAACGGGGCAUCCAGGGCUCUUUACUAACGGGAAGGAACCUUUCAUCAAUAAAACCAUCAGGAAUGAUCUUUAACACUUCAUGUGGUGCCUGUCA